CUCUUGCACCUCUGGCUCCCUCUGGCUGCCCUCCUGGAAAACGGCCUCAUCAUCACUGCCAUAGCCUGUGACCACUGCCUCCACACCCCCACGUACUUCUUCCUCCUCAACAUCUCCAUCAUAGACCUAUGCUGCAUCUCUACCACUCUCCCCAAAGCCAUGACCAAUUCCCUGAUCAACAACAGCACCAUCUCCUACUUGAGAUGA